UCGCUUUAAUGAAAAUUCGAAGAAUACGUUUUGCACAUACAAAAAUUGUCUCCUAAAGCAUAUACAUCUGAUAUCAUCGCAAACAAUCUAUUUAUCUUAUAUCUUAUCAUUGUCAAUUAGUUAAAAAAUGUAAACCGUAUUAAUAAGCUUCAAUUUAUUAAAUUGUGUGAAGGUUUCAUGCCAAGUUUUGUACUAAUAUUGACAAAAUGAAAACAGAAAUAUAUUUUUCUUCGAGUUUUGUAAUUUUAUUAGUUACGUUCUCUUUUGCUCUUUCUCAGACGAUACAAUGUUACGAUUGCGAUCCAGUAGAUGAAGGUGAAAAAUGUGGCGAUCCUGCCACAAGCGUACCCAAGCUACUCAACUGUAAUAAAGAAUUUGGUCCACCUGAAUCUAAUUCUACCUACAUUUGUCUCUCUGCGUACAUUAAAUACAGUAGUAAUGAUACUUUAACUGGAGUUUACAGAGGAUGCAAGUCGCAAAAAAGUGAUGUUGAGAGUUACUGUGAUUUUUUCAAAGAAGAAAUAGACGGCCCUAACGCAACUGUAAUAUCUUGUACUACGUGUACUGAUUCUUUAUGUAACAACCAAACAUUUAGUCUUAGUGGUAAUUUAAACGAUGCAGUCAGUUUGCAGUAUGUUGUGUUUCCAUUAGUAUUGAGUUUAGUAUUUUUGCUUGUAGCAUAAACAGUAUAUUAAUAAAUAAUACUUAUUUUUUUA